AUGGAACAGAUGGCCAAAGAAGCAGUUGAAACCAGUCAUUUAACAAUAGAAAAAAGUGAAAAUGAUCCUGAUUAUGAAGCCAAAGAUAGUCAUGUGUUAUUGCAAGAUAUCACUACACUAUCUGCUAAUAUUUCUAAUAUAGAAUAUUUAGAAAUUAGCAAACAAUCAAAACAGCAAAAAGCAUCAACUAAAAUUAGAAGACCAAAAAUAAGCUGGGUAUGGCAGUUUUUUGAGUUCAAUAAAAAUAAUACCAAGGCUGUAUGUCAAAUUAGUGCAUCAGGAAAUUUGUUUAGGCCAACACAUUUGUCAGAUGCACAUGGUAUUACCAAAGAGAUUGCUAUGAAACAUGAUGAAGAAGAAUUAAAAAAUCCUCCUGAAUCUUCUAUUAAACCAUAUAAACAUUCUAAACAAGAAUCUCUAACUCAAAAUAUCAUAGGAUUUGUUAUUGGAAUAGAAAUUACACUUAAAAAUCAACUGGUACAAGUGAAAUAUAUUUCCUUGACAUUAGAUGCCUGGAGUUUACCAGCACAUUUGUCUUAUCUAGAUGUUACAGCUCAUUGGAUAACAUCUGAUUUUGAGCCAAAUGAAGUACUUCUCAGUAUGAAAGAGUUACCAUAUCCACAUGGUGCAACUGAAAUUCAGGAACAUUUGAUUAACUAG